CAGUGGUGGUGCAUUAACCUCAUGGAAAGAUUUUGCCUAGAAGGGCAUGGACAGAGGUUUGCAUACUGGACCGAAGAAGCAUCCCAACUCCUUCAGGGGAUCGUUGAGCCUGUGUUUAGGGUGUCGAAAUUCACCACCACCAAACUGUCACCCAGCAGAAGAGUUGUGGAUGACAAGGACAUUGAUAAGGUGCAGCAGCCAACCAUUGUCCGAGACCUAAAUACAGCGUGGUACUGGGUACAGAAUCACAGACACUUAUUCCGUGGGGAGGUGACAGAGCCUGCCUUUUUGCAGAUGCACAGGGGUGAUCAACAAAAUGCCAUCAAGAACCUCUUGGGGGGUCAAUUCCCUGAGGCGAAGGAUGCCUUUUUGUUUAUAUUUCAUUACCAAGAAGACAUGGAAACAUUUUUGUCGUACUGUGUUGAUGACCAAGGCCUAAAGGUCAAUGCUAUGUUCUACAAAGAGAAAUGUAGUGUGUGAGUGUGUGUGCGCGUGUGUGAGUGAGUGUGUGUGUGUGUGUGCGA